CUUUAAGCAUUCAUCUCGAUCGGAUGUGAAAAUUUCUUGUGCUUGAAAGUUACAAAAAUCUACAAAAAAAUGGAAAAGUUAAGUCGGAACCAAUUGCCCGAUUCUUCAUCGUCACCUCCACUAAGUGGAAUCUUUCAGACAUUCAAUGAUGAUGCCAUGUCAGACUUACCGUCGUGUGUCUACGCAAAUUCACAUCAUCAGCUCCCAUCUCAUAUCCAACUCAAUAGUUUAUCAACUCAAAAUUUAUCACCAGCAAGUGCAAAUAAUUUGCGAUUGACUGUCAAUAACUUUAGACAAAUGCAGCAACACUUUAUGCAGCAUGGAUGUGAAAUGUCAGAGAAUACUUCAAAUUUGUCUAGUUCGACUUCUUCAAACAACUCUGCAAAUUACAAUUCGCAACAUAAAAAUAAUUCAAGGCAGCAGGGACCGAUUCGUGAACGUAAAAGAACUAUGAGCUCAAUAAAUGCAGCAUUCGACGAACUUCGUGUCCAUGUACCUACGUUUCCUUAUGAGAAGCGAUUGAGCAAAAUUGAUACUUUGAAACUCGCAAUUGCAUAUAUAGCAUUAUUGAGAGAAGUGCUCGAUGCUGAUUAUGAUCCACUGACAUAUGUUGAAAAAUGUCUACGAGGUGAAAUUAAGGCUGAUAGAGCUCAUUGGAAUACUAGCGAUUUAACAGCAAGAUUAUCAUGGAUUAAUUGGGAGAAUCUUGGAGUACAUCCAGGAAGACGAACAUUGUUAACAACUUUGGCUUUAGGAGCUGACACAUCACAUCUUAUGGGAUCUCAUAUUUGAAUAUCAAAUGCAAUAUUGAAUGACUAUUUCUGGUGGAUUUUAAGGACAUGAAAAUAAUUUGUUUAUCACUUCUUAAUGCUACUUAAGUUCCAUCCACAAAACAAUUCAAGACAAAUACUUCAAAAAGAAUAGAAAUUUGCCAGAAUAAGGAAAAGACUGGUUUUGAUGGUCCAUGCACGUGGUGAAAUUUUAAAAUGAAUAAGUAGAAAGGACCUUACGCCAAUCACGUGCAAGAGGAAACGAUUCAAAGCGGAAAAAUUGAAGGCAAUUGAGGGUGAAAAUAUGUUUAUAUGUUAUUAUCGAGAUGUGUUGAUUUCAAAAUUGUUUAUUAAAUGAUGUGAGCCAAUUAUAGAUUGUGUGACAAAAUAAUAUAAGUUUGUAGAAACAAAUCUGAACUGUAUUUAACUUUAAAUUAUCAUGCAUCAAUCUCUGUGCUGGCAAACAUAAGUUCUCUUUGUAGUAACAAUAAUUGUAUGUUUCAUUCAUAAAUCAGAUAAUAA